CCUAUUGGUGAUGCCUCUGCAUGUUAUCCGAGGACAAUCAGCAAGCCACUCCGAGAGGCUGUCUGUUGGGGAGACACUGCCAGCUGCCAGCUCAGCCUACCCAGCUUUCUCCUGCAUUGUUCCCUCUCCUUCCUCCCAGAUUUCACGAAGGACAGUAAGAUGCAGGGUGGCCAUGUUUGUAGGGAAGUGUACUCGGAUUGUGGGCCCCUGCCUCUUGACCUUGGGCACGCUCUCCAUCGUGGCCAACGCCCUCCUCCUCUUCCCUGGCUGGGCAUGGAAGUAUCUGGCAGAUGGGCACAUCACCAAGCAGGCUAAGGCGGUGCCAGGCAUCUGGGGAGGAGGAAUAACUGUCCUGCUGGCAGCGACUCAUAUCACGGCUGUGGGGUGGCGAUGCGCCAGCUGCUCCGACUGCGGCACCCGUCGGAACGCAUUCCUCUCCGUUGUGCUAUCGAAGCUGGCUCUGCUGGGCUCUGCUGCCUGCUUCAUCAUGUCUGGGGUGGGCCUGACCAAUGGGCCCCUCUGCCUGUACAACACCUCCGUCCAUGAGCAUGGCCACGGCCCUCGCUGGGGUUACCCCUUCUUGGACCCGAACAGCCAGACUUUUGACACCAGGAUCUCCAUACAGACUGAAAAUUAUCUCUAUGACCAGAGUCUCUGGAGCACCUGCCUGGAGCCUGCGGGCAUCGUAACCUGGAACGUCUGCUUGUUCUCCAUCCUGCUGCUCGUCAGCACUGCUGAGAUGGUGCUGGCCUCUCUUCAGAUCAUCAACGGCUGCUUUGGGUGCCUCUGUGGCUUUUGCGAUGGGAAAUAGGUAAUUUCAUUUCCUAUCGUUUCCCAUGUGCUGCUUUUCUUUGCUCUGACGUGUCAGGGUGAUGUGAUGAAGCUACCUCAUUUGAAGUUGCGGCAGUAGGUGAAGGAGAGAAGGAGCAAGCAAGUGUCCGGAUGAGCCUUGUUUGUGCAGCAUGAGCCAGGACGUGGACCCACUGUCACUCUAUGGUGCUAUGAGUUGCAACUUGGGUUUGAACACAGCACUCACCACUGGAAAAUUGGCAUAUCCUGUAUCUCGCUGCUCAUUAUUGUCUUGGCUGAUGCCCUCACAUACAACCCCCCCACUCCUUGCCCAGCAUGAAGAACCAAUACUGGAGGACUUAUCCCCCCAGUAUCCUCUCUGAGCUCCUUGGCCAGUGGCAAGUGCUAGGGCAGAGAGACAGAAAUAUGGCAAGUGCCACAAUGCAGAGCUGUAUGAGGAAACCAGGCUUUGUCUAAACCAGGGUGUAAACCCAGGGAGAGCUUAAGUCUGUGCUAGUCCGGCUGUGAACAUCCAAAAGGCCCUGGGCCAUGCAGAGUCCAGGCUGCUCGCACCACCUUGCUGACCUCACUUUGCCCUUCUGGACCUUUUGUUCUAGGAAACAAGUAACUGUAAAGAAGUUUUAAGGGACUAAAUCACCCACUACUUUUUGCUCACUGGUGUGGUGGUACUCACUGCACCUGACACUUCUGUUGCACUACUUCGCUGUGAGGAGCACCAAGUCUUAUACUGCUACACGGGUACUGAAGGCUAAACCAGUCUCAGAUUGCCAGUAGUUGAUCCCUACAAGGAAAGGAGUCAGUGAGCUGAUAAUGCUGUUUCAACAGCGUCACUGCCACCGAGUCACUUGUGGACGACCUGAAGUGGCAGGAAUGGUUGUGUUCUCUUUUGCAUUGCCUUGCCCCAGUGCAACCUGUGUGCGAGUGUCUGUCUGAGGGCUUGGACAGGUACAGUUUGCACAGGGAGAGGACAAUGUCUGUGUCUUCUGCUUACAUCAGCCUGGAGGAGUUAACUGCUUUUAGAGCCAAAUGCAAGAAGGACAAACUCCUUUUCUACGGAGGACAAACACCUAAGCCUGGAAGGGACUAAAUAUCAAAGCAGUGUGUGUGGCACAUUGUGGGGCUUCGGUAUGCAAAGGAUUCUCUCAGUAAGUUCUCCCUGGGUUUUACCUCUUUUUCCUACUUGGAGCAAAUUAAUUCAGGUACUGGCAGCAAACUGACCUUGGAAAUCAGCCUCAUGGGCUCAUGAGUCAUGGAACAAGGAGAAGACACUCUGGAAGGGAUGUGCGACUCCAAACUUGGCUUGCUGUGAGUAGGGAGGAAGUAACACAGCUUGGGAAGUGGCAAGCUCUCUGACUGUUAUUCAUCUUCCUACAUGUUCCACUUGCACAACAUGGGUAACAUCUGACUGCAAAAUGUGACACAGAGAUUAUAGAGAUAAUA